UCUGUUUCACUUGUCCAGGAUCAGCAUGAAGACCAGGAACAGCAAACAGUCAGCUGUGCAGGCUGUCCUCACCAUAGCUACCAGAGGCAGGAUCACCUUCUCCCCACCUGUCAGGAAGGACGAACAGACGGUCCAGGUGGUCCAUCCUCCUCCUCCUCCUCCAUCAGCAGAGGAUGCUGGGGGCAUCGGGCAGCGGCUGAGGAAGAGGAGAAGUGAUGCUGGGGAAGGAGAAAUGGGUGGUCCCCGGCAGCAGGAGAAGGGUCAGGGCAAGGUCAAGCCCAGAGAGGAGCAAGGUCAGGGUCAGGUCAAGCCGGGAAAGGAGCAGGGUCAAUGUCAGGUUCAGAGCAGGCUGAAGCCCAGCAGGAGGAAGAGGAAGUUGGCAGAAGAAGAUGAAGACUGGGAGGAUUCUGGUGAUGAUUCUGAGUGGGAGGAGUCUGGUUGGGAGGACAGCUCAGGUGUGGUGGGGACGAUGCCGGUCCUACGACAGGUGAGGUUCCCGGCUCCACCUGCAGGCGAGUCGGAGGAGGACAGGAGGAGGAGGGAGCAGCAGGAGGAGGCAGAGAGAAAGAAGGCCUGGGCAGAAUGGCAGUUUGCUGCAGCCACGGAGAGAAACAGAAUCCGCGCAGAGCACGACAGGAAAGCCGUGCAACGGGAGCUGAUGCACCGCAGAUGGCUGAGGAGUCUGAGUAAAACGGAGAGGAAGAAACAUCUAAGGAAAGCCAAGAAACAGGAAAGUUUGGCCGCGCUGCGGGCUGAGAAGACCCUGCUAGAGCUGCACUCUGACCUGGUCUCUGCUCUGCAAGUCGGAAACAUCGACAUCCCCCGUGCAGUCUCCGUGCUGAAGAAUUUGCGGGAUGUUGUCCUGACCCAAAGACUCCUGACCGACCAGCCGGCUAUUGUAUACACACUUGAAAAGGUGCGAGAGUUCACAGGGAGUCGGCAGAUACAGAAGCUGGCUGACCGGCUGUUCAUGUCCUGCCGCGUGCCCUUCAUGGUGUACGAGGGGGAGACCUUCCUCCAGGCCUUCGAAAGGAGCCGGAAAAAUCUGCUGGAGAAGGAUGCAAGAAUCUUGGAGGAGAAAUUCGCCCGCAAAGCUGACAGAGCUUUAAAAAAGAUGCAAGAAACCGCAGGAGACCAGGUGGUACCGGGUGAACAACCCACCCUCCCUAACCCGGCUAACACCCAGGACACAGAAGCUGUGGUACCCGGACUGUAAGCAUUACCUUAAUUUAGAACU